GGGUAAAAGAGGCGUGGCCGGGCGACCCUGUGGGGAAUGCGUGCGUGCGCGGGGACUGUAGAAGGGACCGGGGAGAGUUGCUGUGAGCGGUAGCUGUGGAUCAACGGGCAGGUCUUUACAGAAAAAAACACACACCGGAAUCAUGUCUGAGGAAGCUUUUCAGAAGGCAGCGGAAGAGGUGAAGCAGCUGAAGGCAAAGCCAACUGACGCUGAGAUGCUUGAGAUUUACAGUUUGUUCAAACAGGCCACCGUAGGCGACGUCAACACUGCUCGCCCUGGCAUGCUGGACUUCACUGGAAAAGCCAAGUGGGACGCCUGGGAUGCAAAGAAAGGCAUGAGCCAGGAGGAUGCAAGAAAGGCCUACAUCAGUAAGGUGGAGGAGCUAAAAGGACUUUAUGGAAUCUAAAGUGUUUUUGGACUGUAAGGUUCAUUACCCUGCUUUUAAAAAACAGCACCAGAAAAAACAGUCGAGGUGGAGUUCAUGCUGGUCUGUGCUGUAUUUCAUUUCAGCAGGGUAGUGCCUGUGUCUGGCAAGUCUGUCAGUACUUUUACUUGUAAAAAGCCUUAAGCCUCCUAAUGUGUCCAUGCUCAUUUGUACUACGCACCAUUGUCAUCGAAACAUGCUAUGAGAAUCCAAGAGCAUGGGACCCAUGUGCCUGUUGGGCCUACAGAAAUCGUUCAUCAGCAACCGUGUAGUGAAGCCCUCCCCAACCUUCUGUACAGGCCACAAAUGCCAUAAACGUUGUUCCAUUUCACAAA